AUGGGCAUUGACUGGACGGCCGGCAAUUACCCCGAGCCAGGCGUGAGCUGGCUGCGACGCUACGGUCUUGCCUACUACCACCGCGCGAUGCACAUCCAGCGGAUUACGCUUGCCGACCCGGUUGGGCUCAAGCACGUACUCGUGACGCACAGCAGCAAGUACCCGCGCGACCACAUUUCCCGCACCAUUUUUUCGAAAAUGUUUCGAGGCACCGGGCUCCUCUCGGCCCACGGCGCGGCCCACGCCGCGAUGCGCAAGCAGCUCAACCCGCACUUUACGCACCUCCAGCUCAAGAGUUUUGUGCCGAUUUUUGAACUGCACGCGACGCGUUUUCUCAAGGUGCUCUUAACACUGCCGGCGCAAACUCCGAUCGACCUCCAUGCGCAUUUUACAAAGCUCACGCUCGAUAUCAUCGGCGUCUCGGCCUUUGGCUAUGACUUUGAGGCAGUUCUGGAUAGCACAAGCGCCGACCUGCGCGCCUACGACGACGCGCGGCUGCCAUCGUCGCUUCUACUCACCCUCGGGAUGACGUGUAUUCCCUUUUGGGAGUACCUUCCAUUCGCCGACAUUUCCAAGCGGCGACGCGCGACCGACACACUCCAGCGCAUCGUCUUGCGCGUCAUCGAGGCCAAAAUGCUGGCACCCACUGCGGGCUCCAGCGACCUCCUCGACCUGCUCUUCGCCUCGGGCCCGCGCCUGACGCCGGCUGAGGCGUGCGUCCAUGUCAUGACCUUUCUUCAAGCCGGGCACGAGACCACGAGCAACACGCUGUGCUGGGUGCUCGCGAUGCUCGCAAAGCACCCGGCCGUCGCCGAUCGUGUGCACGCCGAGUGCAAAGCCGUUCUAGAGCGUUUUCCCGCACCGUUGCCGUACGAAGCACUAAGCGAAGUACCGUACCUCACGGCGGUCCUCCAAGAAACCUUGCGCUGCUACCCCACCGUGCCGGCACUCGCCGCUCGCGAUGCGCUCGACGACGACACCAUUCCGCUGCACGAUGGAUCGACGCUCUCUGUGCCUGCGGGUACGGCGAUUUGGAUCGAUAUUGUCGCCAUUCACCGCAACCCUGCCUUCUGGACGCAUCCCGACGCGUUCCUUCCCGAACGCUUUCUCGAUGGUGACGCGCUGUAUGCUGCCGACAAGGCACUGCGCGAUGGCAUGAGCAGCACCUUUUUCUAUCUCCCGUUCGGCGCAGGCGACAAGAAUUGCAUUGGCCAGCGGUUUGCCAUGAUGGAGAUGCAAGUGAUCUUGCUGCACCUUCUUGCGUCGCACAAGUUUCCACUGACAAAGCGCGCUUGCAUGCACCCAAAGCGAGACAUUGCCACCAUGACACCCGUGUGCUUGGAGACCACGUUCGAGCCUCACCAAGCCGUUGCCGCGUCCUCGUAGCCGACAGCGAUUCGCUUCCUAACCGACACCUCGAACGUCAUGUAUCAAUGUAUCAAUUUGCG